AUGACACAUGUUGGGGUUGAUGGCACAUGUGAUGUGUGGGUGAUGGAGGAGUACGGGGUGGCCGAAUCAUGGGUCAAACGCCAUGUCUUUUCACAGUUUGAUGUUGGCGCAUGUCUAUUUGGAUUCACAUCACACAAUGAGUUUCUCAUUGUGGAUGACGGGCACCUUGUCUUGUACAAUCCAAAUACGAAUGAGCAGAUAAUGUUGGAGGAUUAUUGUCCUGAAGAUUAUGAUGUACAAAACAUCAUGGAGUAUGUGGACAGUCUUGUUUGGGUAGCACCUGCCAAAGCAUGA